AUCACAACUCAAAAUUUCAUUGUUCUAACAACUAAAUUAAUCAUCAAUCUCAUUCAAUGGCUGCCAUGCAUACCCGCCGUGAAAGAGGUCACCGGCACUUGUUCUCCUCAUCCGACGACAAUGCCAUGAUGAAAAACAUACUCGCCACACAUGCUCCCGAUGGCACCUAUUUUGAUGUCAAACCACUUCUUCAAAUCAUUGAGGACAUCAUUCAUAGGGCCAAUCCAGACACAACUCAUCAUGUAUUUUAGGUACUCAACCGGAAAUAGACGCGAUGGUGGAGAGUGUGAUUUAUAACGAUGUCAAUGAGAUGCUUGAAGUUAUGGCACUUACUAUCAAUAAGGUUUCAUGUGAGAUUUCUUGCAAAUGCAUCGGAGGUGGAGACGCGCAUGCAACCACCACGGGUAUUUUCAACAUGCUUUCUCACUACGGGUGGGAUGUGAAAGCUAUCGUCACACUUGCAGCCUUCAUGGUGAACUACGGCGAGUUUUGGUUGGUGGUUCAGCUCUGCACUUCGAACCCACUCGCCAAGUCUCUAGCCCACCUCAAACAAAUGCACGAUGUACUAGAGCGGGGUGAGGCUCUCAGGCCAAGGUUUGAGGCUGUCACCAACCUCAUCAGGGCCAUGCUUGAACUGACUCGUUGCAUCGUUAGAUUUAAGGAUCUCCCUGAGCAAUACAUUAGCCCGGAUACUCCAGAACUUGUCACGGCCACUGCUCAUAUUCCUACCGCUGUUUACUGGAUCAUCAGAAGCAUUGUGGCUUGUGCGUCCAUACUCAUUAAUCUAAUCGGAAUGGGACAUGAGCAUAUCACCACGACUACAGAAGCUUGGGAGCUAUCAAGUUUGGCUCACAAGAUAAGCAAUAUUCAUGAUCACCUCAAGCAUCAGCUGGACUUGUGCAAUCAACAUAUUAAUGAGAAGAAGCAGAUUGAAGCAUACCUAAUGCUUCUUCGAAUCAUGGAGACUGCACAUCUUGAUAACACAAAGCCUCUCAGGCAUUUGAUUUACCUUAAGGAUGAUCAACUACCAUUGUACGAGAGCCAUACAAAGAAUCGGGUUAGCAUUGAUAUACUAAAGAAAAAGAUUGUGCUGCUUCUCAUAUCGGACCUUGACUUGCCCGCGGAUGAGCUAUCAGUUCUUGACCAGAUGUACCGGGAGGCAAGGCAAAACCCGACAAGACCCGAGAGCCAGUAUGAGGUGGUUUGGCUCCCGGUGGUACCCAAUCAUAAGGAUACACCAUGGACCAAUGAGAACCAAAGCAAAUUUGAGACCCUAAGAAACAUGAUGCCGUGGUAUUCAGUGUUUCACCCCACGUUAAUUGAACCGGCAGCGAUCAAGUACAUCAAGGAGGUGUGGCACUUUAACCACAAACCGUUACUUGUGGUGAUGGAUCCUCAAGGGAGAGUCGUCAACACCAACGCUUUACACAUGAUGUGGAUUUGGGGUAGUCUGGCUUUCCCCUUCACUAGCAUGAGGGAAGAAGCCCUUUGGCGCGAGGAAUCAUGGAGGAUUGAGUUACUAGCCGAUUCUAUCGACCCAAUGAUUACCACUUGGGUUGCUGAAGGGAAGUACAUUUGUUUGUACGGAGGGGAGGAUUUAGAUUGGAUUCGAAAAUUUACAAAAACCGCACAGGCAGUGGCCCGUACCGCUGGAAUUCAGCUCGAGAUGUUAUACGUGGGGAAAAGCAACCCAAGGGAAAAAGUGAGAAAAAACAACGAAAUAAUCCGAGCCGAGAAUCUAAGCCACGUACUUCCAGAUUUGACCUUGAUAUGGUUCUUUUGGAUUCGACUCGAGAGCAUGUUGCACUCAAAACUGCAACACGGGAAAUCAUUUGAUGAGGACCCGAUUUUAAAAGAAGUUAAUGUGAUGCUUACAUAUGAUGGAAAUGAUCAGGGUUGGGCCGUGAUAUGUCAUGGGUCAAAUGAUUGGAUGAGAAGGGCCAACGGUGAUACGGUUUUUCAGAGUUUGAGCAACUAUGAGGAGUGGCAGGAUGAGGCCCAAGAGAGGGGGUUUCUACCGGCUUUAAAUGACCAUCUUGAGGCAAACCGGCCACAACAUCAUUGCAACCGUUUAAUUCUUCCAGGAACCACUGGGAGUGUACCGGAGAGAGUGGUUUGCGCUGAAUGCGGGCGGUCAAUGGAGAGGUUUUUCUUGUACCGAUGUUGCACUGACUAAUUUAGAUAAAAAUAUGCAUCUUGAAUUACAUAUUUAAAGAGAGUGAGAGUUGUGACUUGUGAGUACCUUUUGCUAUAAUUUAGUUAUUUGCUGUUUGCUUGUUUGUAAAUUGUGAUUGUAAACUAAUGAAAUUGUACGUGUGUUUAAAAAU